UUGAAAAAAUUGUGUCAGAAUAGAGAGAUAUCAUAUCUCUUCAACAAAUGUGAUUUCCGAGAUUUCUUUUGGGAACAGUUGCAUUAAUAAUCAUGAGAACGGUUCGAAUUGUUCGAAGAGUUGCGUUUGUGUGUGUCUAUUUCUACUGCAUUUUUUUGCCUCUUAGUAUUCUUAGUGUUCGUUCUCUCUGUUCUCUCUGCGUUUUUUUUUUUCUCUCCGAUAGUCAAAUCGAUUUUCCGAUUGAAGCGCUUCAUUUUCGAUUAAUUCGUCCAAGUAAGUAUCUCAUUAAAAUGAGAUUUUGUUCAUUUCUUAUGGACCCUUCCAUAUUUUUUUCUUAUCAAAUUCUAAAUUUUUCUGGGUUUUGUAGAUGGAGGAGCUUGACCUCCCGCACCGUCUAAUCGCCGCUGGUGAAGAACCGCUUGGGGAGAGGGUUAAUGUGUACAAUAAGAUGAAAAUUCUUAAUGGUAUUAUCGACUCGCUUGAUGUUACAGAAAUCGAUCUUAUCCGAGAUUCUCCACUCGGCGGGUUGUUGGAUUUCCCAAACAAACCAGCUUGGUCGGCCAGUUUCGGUCUUUAUCUGCUUGGUCGCCAGUUGGACAUAGCCAAAGCCAACGAGAUCUGGGUUGUUUAUGCUGGUACCCCAGUUAGAUUUUCUCUUCGUGAGUUUCAUCUGGUAACCGGACUUGCUUGUGGGCGAUAUCCUGCUGUCCCGAAGAAAAAAAGGAAGGGGACUGCUGGCAAAGAGAUUCCGUUUUAUAGCACAUUAUUUGGGCUCGAGUCCGAUGUUACUGUUGAACGUGUUAUCACCAUGCUUAAGAAGAAAGUUACUGAUGAUCCGUCAUUGCGUAUUCGGUAUGCUGUUCUUGCGCUUGUUGAUGGAUAUCUCCUACCAACAUCCCAUCAUCCCAAAAUUAUUAAAGAGCACGCUGAGAUGUCGGAAAACCUGUCUUCUUUUCUCACUUAUCCGUGGGGUCGAUUGACUUUUGAGAUGAUGAUGAAUUCGAUUAAAGAAAGAGAACUUGAACAGCUUGCAACUACUUCUGUCGCUGUGCAAGGCCUAUUAUACGCCCUACAGCUUGUUGUUCUUCAAGCCGCUCCCGCUAUUCAAGAAGGUCCUGUGUCCGAGGAGACAGUCGGUUCUGAGUCUGAUGAAGAUACUAUUGAACUGACUCUUCGUCAGGUAGUUCCGUUUAAGCUCGGUAACGCCAAAGUUUUAGACACGAAGUGCCAGACUCACGUUGAUCCUAUCAUCCAUCCCGGAGUUCUUCUUGAUCCUGCAGAAGAUGUUUCGUGGUCAGAUGACGAAGUAGAUCCGCGGGUAGACACUAUGGUAAAGUUGGCGGAGGAAGGAUUCAAGUUCAAUAAUGAUAUGUUUCCUGGUGGGUGCAUCCCAUCUGAAGUUGUUGUAGCCCCCAAAAAACAAAAAAGGACUGCAAGUUUGAAAGGUGGUCGUGUCAGGAAAUCUUCAAAGCAGGGCAGAAUCCCAAAAAAUCCAACCGGGAUUCGAAGGACUCAGCAAUCUGUGCAUACUGAUGAAGAAUCUGUUGGUUUGGUUGAUAUGAACGAGUUAUCUCGGAUGUUAGAUGCUAAAUUGAAUGCGCAGUACAAAAAGAUCAUUAAAGGUGUUUCUGAUUGGUUUAUUGCAAACACUUUGAUUUCUGCGGAGAAUGGGGAAGAUGUUCCUCCGGAAAAUGGUAAAGAAGUUUCUGCGGAGAAGAGGAAAGGGAAAAAGGUUCCUGUUCCCCAGUCUAAACCUCUCCACAUUUCCGAUGGAGAUGAUGAUUUUGACACUCUCUUUCCCCUCCGUCCGCCGAGUCGUCGUCCUUCUCGCAUUGGCAAAGCUGCCCAUCGCGUUCCCCAAGCGCCCGACAAGGGAUUGGGACUCAACAAUUCUGUUGAAGGGAUAGCUUCUUAUUAUAACCGCUUUCUAUCUGGCGAUUGCAGUGGGUCAAGGUCAGGGGAUGGUCUAGCGAGUCAUGUUGCUGUUGAAGAAAACGGUUUGGUUAAUUGUCAGGUUAGUAGCUAAAUUCAUUGAUAUCCGUUUUGCCUCGUAUCUCUAAUAACGUAUCUGUCCUACCAUGUUGCCUAUAUAUGAUCUGACUUUACAUUUUAUUUUCUAAUCCGGUUAGUAGUUUUCCUAUAUCAUUCGAAAAUGUUAAUUUCUAUGUUAUCCCCUAAUUACUAUCGAAAUUAUUCUCCCUGCAGUCAUUAGAGGAAAGUAGCAA